AAUUGGACCGGUUACAGAGCAGUACCACAGUUCCCCUGAACAAUCACGGAUAACCAAACGGACCCAGCCCAAAGAUGAAAGUAUUCGCAUUGACCCUCUUGAGCCUGCUGGCUUUGAGCCAGGCCCGCAUGGACUACAAGCUGCAGUGCACCCGCAGUGAGAUCAGCAUCCGCUGGCCCAGCUACCACAGCAACUCGGAGUACUAUGUGUGCCCCAGUGUCUAUGGCAGCCAGCUGACUGUCCACUGUCCGGCCGGCGAGGUCUUCACCUUCGUCCUCCAGCAGUGCGUGUCGCCCGCCCACUACAUCCCGGCCCCGCCCAUGGACGUCCUGCCCACCGCUGCACCCGUCACCAUGCACGUCAUCGAUAAUGCGCCCCCAGUGAUCUCUGCCCUCUCUCAGCCAGGGUCCGAGACCCAGGAGCAUCAUGAGCAUCACGAGCACCAUGAGCACCAGGAGCACCACCAGGAGCACCACGAGGAGGAGGCUGAGGUUCAUCCCAUUCCACCCACCCCCGCUCCGGAGCCAGCCACCCCACCCACCGUUGUCAUUACCAAACCCGUUGUGCCCGUGCCCCAGAAGAAGAGGCCCUCGGUCCCUGUCCCCGCCAAGGCCGCCAUGGCCAAGAAGCCCGCCUCCGCCGCCAAGAAGCCAGCUGCUCCCACUCCCGCUAAGGCCGCCAAGAAGCCAACGCCACCCAGCAAGGUCCAGAAGAAGCCAGCCACCGCCUAAGCCGUCUAAGCCGCCCAUAUAGCCAUCGCCAGUUCAAUGCCCAACGUUCAGCAAGCGGAAUUUCAUUCACCACUCUAAAUAGCAACUUAAAGUAAUUAAAUAUCUAACUGGCAUAGAGA